AUGCCCGAAGCAAAGUCAUUCAUUCAAAAGCCCGUGUCCAUAUCCUCUGCUGGAUAUAAUCUACGGGUCUUUUCUGCGUUUGGAAUUUUUGGCUUUGCAAACACUCUUCUGCCCCAUAUCAUCUUCUCUGGCCUUUAUCUCAUCAUACCAUUUCCUCGGCCUAUUGUAUUGGUUAUAGAGCUUCUUCCAGCUCUCGCCGUUGAACUUCUCUUUCCACAUGCCUUGUACUAUGUACCGCACUGGGCUUGGCCAGUUCUUGUUGCAAAUUGUUGGAUCUUAGCUACGAUUGUCACCAAAGCCUCGCCUCCAAAUGUCAUAGCGCCUAUUCGCACGCUAAUUGCGAUACUUGCAUCGGCAAGCGCUGCUACUGGAAGAGUUUUCUUCUCGAGUCAGCUAUCUCUUUAUGGCAAGACGGCUUUGGCUGGAUGGGGAACUGGAAUUGCAGCCGGGAGUGCAUUGCGCGACAUACUGCCGACCGUUCUAACGCUUUAUACGAAUAUGGUCUUGCGAGACUGCAUAGGCUAUGCCUACUGCCUACUUUUGGGUAUCGUGGCCUCAUACUUCCUACUCUUGCCUUCACCUCCUAUACAAUAUGAAUUAGAAAACUUGACACCCAAAGGCGAAUUCUCGUCUGAGAUGGAAACACAGAAGCUCUCACUCCUCUCUAGAGAAUUACCAUCCACAAGUAUGAGCUUUUGGGUACGCUUCCAUAGCAAUAUGCAUCUCUUGGGCAACAAACUCUUUCGGCUCUGUAUAAACCCUCUUCUCCUCGUUACCGCAGUCCAGGCCCUCGUGUCUCCGGGAACAACGCGCGCCAGCAUCAUGCUACCCAUUUUUUCACGCUAUUCAGCAUUUUCAACCGCACAUGGCCUCACAUUCCAGCUUGGGAAUCUCCUGGCUCGCUCAACCGCUCUUUUAUUCCGCACUAGGAGAACAAGACUCAUCUUUGCCUUGUUGGUCUUUUGCACUGCGGCUGCUAUUCUCAACACGGCGUUUCUUUUAACUUCAAAUGCGUAUUUCUUGUUUGGCAGCCUAUUUACCAUCGGCUGGCUGGGCGGAAUGACGUAUAUGAACAUCUUUGGAGCGGCUAUGGACUAUCUGACCCGGCAUUCGGAAAAUGAUGCAGAAUUUGCGCUUGGAAGCAUUGGGAUUGGAGAAACGGCGGGAAUUUUGAUCGGAUCUCUGGCUGGUGUCACAUUUGAUACGCAGCUCUGUGGGCUGGCGAAACGAAGUGGGCGAUGGUGUUCCGCCCUUCCGUAA